UCGCUCAGACACUCACUCAGGGUUUAUCGCCGCAGGAGAAGAGGGAAUAAACAGAGGGACGGAGAAUAAAAAUGAAAUGAAAUAAAAAAGAACAGGAUGAACGCGUGCGUGAGUAACAGCUCGUCAGUGGGGGGUUGUUCCGAGGACUCCUUUAAGUACCUGGCGUACAGCGUCACCUACCUGCUGCUGUUCCCCGUCACCCUGAUCUGUAACGGGGGGGCGCUCGUCGUCUUCAUCCUGCAGAGGAGCCGCAGAAGCUCCGCCUCCUGUGUCGUCAUGACGAACCUCGCCCUCUCAGACUUCAGCUUCUCGCUCACGUGCCUCUGAGGCUUCAUUAUUACUUCAGUGGACGCGUCUGGAUGUUUUCUGAUUGGCUGUGCAGACUCUACGUCUACUGCUUCUACGUCAACCUGUACACGAGCAUCCUCUUCCUGACUCUACUGAGCGUGCUCCGGUGGCUCGCGGUGACACGCCCCCUGCGUCAUCGCGCUCUGGCCACGCCCAAUAAAGCCCUAUUGGUCUGUUUGGGAGUUUGGUUGUUUGUGGGCGCGGCCUCCGCACCCUUCCUGCUCCAGGGAAGGAUCUGCAGACAAAGGCACUUUCAGCACAUUAAAAAAAGUACAGAACAAUUUGUCUGUCAAAGGAAAGAAAUACCUAUCCACUACCCAAAAUACUUUAUUUUAAACAUACAAAACAUCCCCUUUGAUUGUUAUUUUCCAUCCUCCCUAUCCUUCUCUCAGAUCGGGGGUUUACCACUGCUUCGACCCUCCGACUGGCUCCUUAUCGAGGAAGGUUCUGAUCAUGAACUACGUGGCGCUGUUGAUUGGUUUCCUGCUUCCCUUCCUCACCAUCGUGCUGAGCUACAGUCGGAUCGUGCGCCGCCUCACCAGACGCUCAAGCCUCCAUGGCGCCGAGGGUCCGUCCGCACGACUUCGCCAAUGCAACCGCCAGCGCUCCGUACACCUGGUCGCUAUGGUGAUGGUGACAUUCGUGGUGUGUUUCCUGCCGUACCACGUGAUGCGUUCGGUGCAUCUUCACGCCACGUUUGCCGGCUGGAGUUGCGAUGUCACGGCACCGCUGCAGAGGGUGGUCGCCGUGACUCUGUGCAUGGCGGCGUCCAACAGCGGCAUCAACCCGGUGCUGUACUACUACUCCACCCGCAGGUUCAGGGACAACCUGAGGGAAGCACGCACCUCGCUGUCCGGCCGCCGGGGGUCCAUCGCCGCCGCUAUUUCACUGAACCGCCGGAGAAGAAACAGCCCAAUGUCCCCCUAAACCAUGACAGUACACUUCCAAAGGACACUUACUAGCAUUGGACACUUAAUGGGUGUCCUACGAGGCACAUGAUUGGACGAAAGCUUGAUUAGUUUGUCAGCAUAUUUGGAAACGUCCUUCUAUUUCCUUACGAAGACCCAAUCCAACACCCAAUGGCCCCCUAAACCAUGAUGGUACACUUCCCUAGCAUUGGACACUUAAUGGCUGUGCUACGAGGCUCCUGAUUGGACGAAAGCUGGACCUAUUUGGCGAAAAAAAAGAUUGUUUGAAACAAAUUUGUUUUUGUAUUCCAGGAGAAAUGAUCUGAUUGGAUGACAGCUAGACCAACAGGGAGGCUCCUUUAGAAAUUCACAUAUCUCUUAACAAAGAUAUUUAAUCAUAGUUCAUUUUUACCCAAAAUGCCUUUUCGGGAGAUUGCAGAGACGGAAAGAUUUGCAUGAAAUCUACUUGAUCUUUUUGUAUAUUUAGUAUAUUAGUUGUAUUUAUUUAUUCAAAGGUGCUCUGAACUUAAAGCAGUACGAUUAUAAUAAUUCUUUAUGGCUUUGUGCACAAAUCCAUAUGUUUGUGCUUGUCUUGCAUACCACCACACUUACAAACAUUGGACACGUAAUGGUUGUGCUACGAGGCACCUGAUUGGACGAAAGCUUUUCAACCCGAACCAACAAGGCAGCUCUUUUGGAAAUUAGACAAGAAAAAAAGUAAUAUUGAAAGAAAUGUUGUAAUCAUUUAAUAAAUAGAAAUAUCUUUUUUGGAGGAUGAAAAAAACUCCAAAUAUUUCAGGAAAAACUGUAAUAACUGAUAUAUUUGUAAAUUGUUAAUAAUUGUAAAUUGAAAUAUUUCAGUAACAAAAUGUUGAUUGAAUUAUUUUUUUAUAGUUACAAUAUUUUGAGACAAAUGUUGAGUUAAAUAGAAAAUGUCUAGGAACAUUUUUUUAAUUAUUUUGAAUUUUUAUUAAGUUAACAAUUCUGCACUGUUAAGGGAAUAUAUAAUUAAACUAUAUUUUUAUGUUUUUAUCAAAGUUGGACAUUUUCUUGGUCUGCACAUAAGAAGUGUGUGUACGUGUGUACGUGUGUGUGUAAGUGUCUGAAUGUUUUAUUGCGUUUUAAAUGUUUCCUGUGAGGAAUAUUUAUUUACAUAUUUGUUUCCGUGGCACUAAAUGUUUUCAGUCACAUAAACAGGAAGCAUUUCUCUAACGCUGAA